AUGCUUGAAUUUCAUACUUUUCCAAACAAUGAAAUCAACUCCAAAUAUUUUAAUAGUCAUUCUAAAAUCAUGUGUGAUACAAUUUGACGUGACAUUUGAAUAAAAAUAACAACUAUCAACUACUUUUCCAUAUAAUUGGGGAAUGUUGUCAGAACUGAACUUGACAGUUUAUUUUUGUAAUGAAGCCUUAGCUUACAUAACCUCUACUCUUGUUGAAAAUACCGCGCGUUUUUGCUUAUCGUGUUUCGUGUUUUGUCUAGAAAAAGUUUUUUCGUUGAGUUCUUGUUUUGUUUUAUCAAGUUUUGAAUUUCUAAAAAUCAAUUCAUAUUUAUUUUAAUCCUUCAGAUUCAUUCAUUGUCUAUUAUGAAGACAGAUGUAACAAAGAAAGCUGCUGUAAUCGAUCAACCUGACAAGCAGAUUGAUAAUCAGCAGGAGACUGGCAUGAGACGUAGAACCCUGCAGACUUUACAGGAAGCUGCUGGUGACAAAGAGAACCUUGUUGGAGGAGGCAAGAUGCCAGUAACCGGAAAGGAAGAACCUAAACUCAUCAAAAAAGCCCCGUCUCCGGCUGUAAAAUUGGGGUUGAUUGAGAAGAAAAAGCAAGUGAAAUCAGUGUCUACUCAGCAGAAAAAGAAAGUUAUCACCGUUGAAGAUUUGACGAGCCAGGCGGGGCCGAGUGAACAUUACUGGGAAACGUUGGCUGAAAGAAGAAGAGUUGCCUUGGAAAAAGCUCUUGAAGAAAAUCAAAUGCUUCACGAACGAGUUGCUCUUCUGGAAGAGGAAAACGAACAAUGCAAAGUUCUUCUGGAAGAUAGCAAGGCAGUCAUUGAUACACUGAACGAAAUUUUGAAAGAGACCAAUUCAGAGAAUCUGGAUUCAAGCCUCGAAGAUAAUGAAUCUUCUAUUAUUGAAGCAGAUGAAAGGCCGACCAAUUAAUUGGAAUGAAAUUAAUGUUGAGUUUUUGGAUCAAAAGUGAAGUUAAUGGUUUUGGUUUAUUAUAAGACUACUUGAAUUAGUGAAUUAAGAGGCUAGUUUAGGUAAUAUAAAACGUUUCUCAUAGCAUAUAACUUGUUCCUAGGCUCGACUAGAUUUAUCACAUGUUCCUGUUAUUUCUGAGAGUGUAGUGAUUAUUCUGUAACUUCGUAAAAAUAGUAUGAAAUAAGGCAAAAUUGUGUCCCAAAAAUUGUAAUCACGUUGUCAAUGAGGUAUUAUUGGAGUACAGUACAUGAUAAAUAGAUAUCUGAUAACCGAGGCAAUUUCCCAUCCAAUAAUGGCUUUGGAAACUAAUUUGAUUUUCAGGUUCACUUUUCAAAUAAUGGAUUGCGUAAUUUUAGUAUUUUUCAUAUUCUAAUAAAGUAGUAUGAACUAUAUGGAAAAUUAAGUUUAAAAUUAUUCAUUAUUAUACGGAUGAUCAUUCUGUUCAAUUCUUCUUUAUUUCAUUAAUAAGAAAACUGAACAUUCAUUCGGUCUUAUUUGUUUUCAAAUGGUGACUGACUGUAUUUUUGUUAUUAAUGUGUUAUUAGUGGAUAUUAAUUUAUUACCAUAGUAUUGUCAGGUCAUUUGUGCCGUAUGAAUCAUUCCGAUAAAUUAUACUUCAAGUGAUCGAUUUCUUUGCUUGGAAUUUUAUGCAAAUAGCUUAGUAAUUUAAAGAUAAGAUAAGCCAAAGAAAAUGAGACUUCAAUAUUGCCACUGUGUAGUAUGUAUUGUAUUUGAUAAUGUGCUCAUGGAUAGGAAAUAGCUUACACAUUAUUCUCAUUUCUUAUAUUCGGCAGUAGAUAUUUAGAUUUUUCAAAAAAUAAACGCAUAAAUUUCUUA